UCGACAUGCGCGCGCCAAAGUUUUGUAACAGCAAUGGCGUCCAAAGCAGGUCGUGGUGGGAAGAAGCGCAAAGCAGAAGUUCAAGCAGAGGAGGAGAAACCCUCAGUGGAGGAAAAGAAGGGCAGAGGAGAGGAUGAAAGCAGCCAGGAAGGCCUCAGGGUGGUCAUUGAACACUGUAAAAGCUGACGAGUGUACGGGCGUAAUGCUGAGGAGGUGAAAUCCGCCCUCCUGGCUGCCCACCCUGAACUGACUGUGGUCCUCAACCCUGGGAAACCUCGCAGGAACAGCUUCGAGAUCACUCUGCUGGACGGAGGCAAAGAAACAUCUCUGUGGACUGGAAUAAAGAAAGGCCCACCUCGUAAGCUGAAGUUUCCACAGCCUGAUGUGGUAGUUUCUGCUCUGCAAGAGGUUCUGAAGGCUUAGACACCAAGUGAAGCCCAACAUUCAGGAGAUGCAGCCAGUGGAAGCAAAAAUGAUGAGAAGUGACCAAGGAGAUGUUCUCAGUCCCUCCUCUGAUGAGCCAUGCUCUAACUGCUGCCAUCUUCUGGGUGCAUGGUGACACCUAGUGGAGCUUAGUCGAGCCAAAGCAUUUCUCUGGCACAUUACUGCUGUUUACUGUUGUGUUUCACAAACGUUCAGUUGUGGUUUUAUGUCUGUUUUGUUUUUGGGGUUUUUUGAUAAAUAAAAUCUUUUUUGGGGUAAUUGUGUGUAUUUUGUUACAACUAUCCAAACACUCAGCUGUUAUUAUGGAAAGGUUUUCUUAUUUUUAUUCAGGAACCAAGUGUGGAGAAGAAAACUAGAGAUACAAUUUGUGUGUUGAAACACAUUAAUGCUCACAUGCAUUCAGAAAGUGUAGCAAUGUUUUUGAUUGACUCAAUACUAUAAAACCACUAUUAGCAUUUAUAUUUUUAUUAACAACAUAUUGCAACUCUUGGCAAAUAAAGUACAUGUUACUAAUUGAUAGGAUUAAUAGUUUUAAACAGCUGGCAAAGCACCUUGUAUCAUAUUUUAGAAGGUUGUGCAAUUACAUUCACCUAAGCAAUGGCCUUAAUUAGUAACUUGAGGGCUCUGAUCUUAGUCUUGUGCAAAAUAGUCAUCUUCCAAACGUGAUCGCAAAUAUUUGCUAAAAACGGUUGCUGGUAUUUAA